GCGUGUUUUCUUCUUCCAGAUGACAGUUGCCUAACGCCAAACGCCCAGAACGGUAUAUGCAUCGUGUACGUAAACUGUGACUUCAUACUACAGCUGCUGAUCCGUAACGCGAAUCUGCACGAUCCAUCGAUUGAGAACUAUGUGACACAAUCCGUUUGUGGUUACAGUGAUGUGACACCCAUGGUUUGUUGUCCAACGUUAAGAUUCGCCCAUCAAAGCACAAAUACGACGAGUAGCGUCGUCACCAGCGCUCCAACCGUUACAACAGCACCCGGGUCAUUCUUUUUUGCAAGCAUUUCCGGUGGUGGAUUCAAUCCUAGUUCCGGCACGGUAGCGCCCAGCACUGGCACGAUCAAACUACCCACCAACGAUGCCGAUCGCUGUGGUAUGUCUAAUGCAACGCAUACGCGUGUCGUCGGUGGUGUCGAUGCACAGCUGAAUGCUUGGCCGUGGAUGGCAGCAUUGGGCUAUCGAUCGUCAUCCUUCGAGCUAAGCAGUGGGCCCCGGUUUCUGUGUGGUGGUACACUGAUUACUACAACCCACGUGCUUACCGUGGCACACUGCAUACAGACAGGGCUGUACUUUGUGCGGCUCGGCGAGCAUGACAUUACAUCGGAUCAGGACGGUGCUAAUCCGAUUGACGUCUACAUCCAGCGUUGGUUAGUGCACGAGCGUUACGAUGAGAAAACUAUCCACAACGACAUUGCGCUUGUAUUGCUGCAGAAAACGGUCAUCAUUAGUGAAACGAUUAGACCGAUCUGUUUGCCACUGGAUACGAAACAGCGCACGAAAGAUAUAACGUAUUACGCACCGUUCAUAGCCGGUUGGGGUGCUGUGUCGUUCAAUGGUCCUUCCGCUACGAAGCUGCAGGAGGCACAGGUGGUAGUGCUUCCGGUUGACCAGUGUGCCUUCAACUAUAAGCUGUACUUUCCCGGCCAAAUCUUUGACGACACGGUACUGUGCGCUGGUUUCCCCCAAGGGGGCAAAGACUCCUGCCAAGGAGAUAGUGGCGGCCCGCUAAUGUUACCCGAGCUUUCAACGAACGGUCAGUACUAUUACUACACCCUAAUUGGGCUCGUCUCGUACGGUUACGAAUGUGCACGUGCCGGUUUUCCGGGAGUCUACGUGAAAGUCACGUCAUAUCUUUCCUGGAUCGAAUCGAACAUCAAUUUCUGAACCUUAUGUCCAAGAUGGCGCUGGAUGAUUAAUGAACUGCACUAUCUAAACCAAGCUGUCCGAUUUUUAAGGCUUACGUCAUCUAAAGCAGAACACGUUCAUGAUCGUGAUCAUGAUCAGCGCUCUUCCUACUACUACUGUGCAUUCUUUCGCCGUAAAGAUUUUACAUUUGCAUGGAAGAACUGUAGCAUAUUCCCAAUUUCAUAGCGUUUCGAUUGUGUAUGAUCGUCCGUUUUGUCGAUUUUUGUUUUGUUUUGUUUCUACUGUGCUUUGCGGAUGCGGACAGAAAUCGCACAAAACUCCACGAAGACGGAUGCAAAAGUUACACAGAACGGGCCACCGUCUCGGAACCGGUUGCUAAUGAGAAGACCAGUUUUAUGGCUGGCGGUCUGUUUACCUUCCUUCAAUUUCUGCUGCCGAAUAAAAUGUAAAUUCAAGUUUAAGGCGAUUCACCAAGCCGGUUUCCCAGUGGCCCUUGAACGGCACGGAGAGGUUGACAAUCUUCACUUAAUUUUUUGCUGGUGUGUGUAUUUUGGUGUUUUUGCUACAUUGCACUGACUGCGCUCUCGAAGCUAAAGUGCUGUGUGAUAAUAAAAUUGACUUCUUUAGUGAUUUGGGUCAAUACAAACAGCUUAAGUGGAUGGAAGAACUUUGUAAAUGAAAGAUCUUUUUAUUUUUAUUUUAUUCUAAUGCCACAUUUAGAUAGCGAACCGAGUCGAGAGUUAGUUCGUAUCGGUCAAAAGGUUAAAUAGCGAAAUUAUUUUUCUGUUUCUUAUCAUCACAAUUAUCGUUAAAAAUGGAUUGUGAAUCCUUUCAGACAAAAUGACAGUUCCGGAGGAUUAGCCGGGACGACAUUAAAGGCAGAUGUAAUAAAUUGCGCCGUACUUGACAUACAUAGACACUUUAAACAAGUUCCAACGGGAGCCUUGAAACGAAGGAAACCUUCCUAGUAAAGUCAAUGGGUAUUACCAUUUAUUUAAAAAAAUCGAGAAGCAGAACAAAACAUAACAAAUGGAAUUUAAAAUGCGUUAAACGAUUGCAACUAGUUCUUAGUUACAUAAUUUUGUUGGAAAUAAAAAAAUGUGUUGUUUUCAAAAGUGAUCGGUUAAGCAAACGAUUGUUUGUUUUAAAUCAUGCACAAAUCCUUUGAAGAAAGAAACACAAACAAAAGUUCAAGAUCCUCGUGUUGUCGAUAUCAUGAGGCGCAUGUACAGAAGUGAUCAGAAGUAAGUAAGAUGUAUAGCAUGAGAUUAUGGCACCAUCAAUAAUUCUGCGGACACGAUCGGCAUGUUAAAUGCACGCUUUGACACGCCUGUUCACGAUGCGACUGCCAGCCACGCUUCGAGAGAUUUUAUCGGCAACUGCAUUCAUUCAGAGAUCAAUUAAUGCCAUUGCUAAGCUUUCGUUGCAUAUGCAUAUUGAUGAUGGCUUUUAGUGUCUGGUUAGGGAUCAUUCAACUAUUACGUAACACUGGAAGUUGGGAGGAGUGGGGCUUAGUACCUGCGUUAGUAUUUGAUGCACAGGAGGAGAGUGUAUUCUUCUAAAAUUCUGGAGAUUUUUUAUAAGUAGCAGAUCUGACCACGGAACGGUUGUGUUUUCUAUAUUUUAGAAAUGUCAACAAACUUGUUAUACAUAAAAUAUAUAAAUAAAAAAUAAAGCUACAUUUCUGUGUGAUUUGCAAGAAUUCACCUUGAUACGAUCGUUUAGCAUAACGGUACAUAAAAAGUAUCGAACUGGUCUACUAGCAUGAUAAAACCAGUUAAAAGUCCUCUUUAAUUUAUGUAACAGGAUGGUUGGUGGGGGAU